GGAAAAUCAGUCAGUCCUUCUCCACGGAUGACCUCCAGAGCCCUUUUUAUAUGAGCUCUGUCUGUGCCUUUGUGGCGGACGAGGUGCAGAGCUGCUUCCAGCCCCCUGCAGCCACCCUACCAGUCCCCCCUGUCCUCGCAGUGGCCGUCUCCACCACACUACCAGCUGACAUCCAAGCAGACGCAGACCCGGCUUCCUCCCACCUGGAGGUUGUGGACAUCACCCCUAACAUAGAGGCAGACCAGGCUUCUUCCCACCUGGAGGUUGUGGACACCACCCCUAACAUAGAGGCAGACCCUGCAUCUUCCAGCCUGGAGGUCAAAGACAUCACCCCUAACACAGAGGCAGACCAGGCUUCUUCCCACCUGGAGGUUGUGGACAUCACCCUUAAUACAGAGGAAGACCAGGCUUCUUCCCACCUGGAGGUUGUGGACACCACCCCUAACAUAGAGGCAGACCCUGCAUCUUCCAGCCUGGAGGUUAAAGACAUCACCCCUAACACAGAGGCAGACCAGGCUUCUUCCCACCUGGAUGUUGUGGACAUCACCCCUAACACAGAGGAAGACCAAGCUUCUUCCCACCUGGAGGUUGUGGACACCACCCCUAACAUAGAGGCAGACCCUGCAUCUUCCAGCCUGGAGGUUAAAGACAUCACCCCUAACACAGAGGCAGACCAGGCUUCUUCCCACCUGGAGGUUGUGGACACCACCCCUAACAUAGAGGCAGACCCUGCAUCUUCCAGCCUGGAGGUUAAAGACAUCACCCCUAACACAGAGGCAGACCCGGCAUCUUCCCACCUGGAGGUUAAAGACAUCACCACUUACACAGAGGCAGAGCCCAUCUCUUCCCUCUUGGAGGUUUUGGACGUCACACCUGAAGAAAGGACUCUCACGAUGGCCGUCUUCGCCACUCUGCCAGCUGACAUCCAAGCAGAGGAUGUUGCUGUGGUCAUCCCGGAUGUCACUCAACACGUCACCAAGGACGUGACACUGGAUGUUCCAUGCAGAGCUAGGAAAGGGGCAGUCCGGCGAUUUUUUUGCAGGCUUUGGAGGGCAGUGUGCUGCUGCGCCUGCCACAAGGAAGAGGAGGAACAAUAUUAAUUAUUCAUCAGACAUUCAGAAAUGGGAUUGAACCAUAGACCAUUAAAUUAUUUGCAUUAU